GCGAUAAUAUCUCUGCUCCAUCAUUUAUUGAGGAAAACUUAUCAUGCGACACAAAAAUGAUCACUUGUACCGAUAGCGAGGAUGCUUCAUCUGAUAAAAUGUCUGGACUAAUUGCUAUACAACCGCUUGAUAGAAAUCAAGUUACUGAGCAAACUUUGAAGCAUGAACUUUCUAGGUCUAUUUCUUCAGUAGCAUCAGUUAAACUACAUGAUGAGUCCAUCUUAAACAACACAAUUGAAGGCUCUACGCAGAGAUUAGCUUAUUGGAUUGAUGAGGCUAUGAGAAUGGGUCAAUUGAACCUCUUCAUGCGUGUUGAAAACAUUGAACAACUUUGUCAUAUUUCCCCACCGGAUCAACAAAACAAUCCCAAGCAACCCAUUUAA